GGAGUCGGAUGGCGGCUACGGCGGCUCAUUAUUUUCCGCUGCAGGGGUGUUGAAGCGGGGACGCGGGUCGGACGCGUCCGGCUGUGGAAGAGAGCGGCGGCCGCUCACAACAUGCACAGCCUGGCGACGGCUGCGCCUGUGCCUACUACACUGGCACAAGUGGAUAGAGAAAAGAUCUAUCAGUGGAUCAAUGAGCUGUCCAGUCCUGAGACUAGGGAAAAUGCUUUGCUGGAGCUAAGUAAGAAGCGAGAAUCUGUUCCUGACCUUGCACCCAUGCUGUGGCAUUCAUUUGGUACUAUUGCAGCACUUUUACAGGAAAUUGUAAAUAUUUAUCCAUCUAUCAACCCACCCACCUUGACAGCACACCAGUCUAACAGAGUUUGCAAUGCUCUGGCAUUACUGCAAUGUGUAGCAUCACAUCCAGAAACCAGGUCAGCGUUUCUCGCAGCACACAUCCCACUUUUUUUGUACCCCUUUUUGCACACUGUCAGCAAAACACGUCCCUUUGAGUAUCUUCGGCUCACCAGCCUUGGAGUUAUUGGGGCCCUGGUGAAAACAGAUGAACAAGAAGUAAUCAACUUUUUAUUGACAACAGAAAUUAUCCCUUUAUGUUUGCGAAUUAUGGAAUCUGGAAGUGAACUUUCUAAAACAGUUGCCACAUUCAUCCUCCAGAAGAUCUUGUUAGAUGACACUGGUUUGGCUUAUAUAUGUCAGACGUAUGAGCGUUUCUCCCAUGUUGCCAUGAUCUUGGGUAAGAUGGUCCUGCAGCUAUCCAAAGAGCCUUCUGCCCGUCUGCUGAAGCAUGUAGUGAGAUGUUACCUUCGACUUUCAGAUAACCCCAGGUUUUCAGAUUUGACUUUCUGCUGGUCAUCUUUUCAAAGAAAAUGAAACGUUUAAAAGUUCAUCUGAUAAUACUGCUACCAUAGCUUUGUUUUCACUGCUCAUCUCUUAUUAAGGUUUUUAACCAUAAAACUGAAGCAAUUUCUGUAAAGACACAAAUUGAUAACUUAGUAUAGAAUUAAAAUUCAUUAAGUUAUAAGUUUGAUGAUAUCCUUGUUAAUGUACUGAUUUUUGAAUUAUUUUAUUUGCCAUAAUCCAUAUAUUUCUAACAUGAGUAUUUUGACAGUAUUUAAUAAAUCAGAAAGCUGUUUGAAUGGAAGUAAACUAUUGAACCUUUUAAUUUUGCUUUUUCAUGAAAUUCUACAUUGGGGCAUCAUUCAGAAAAUAUUUGUGGAUACAGAUUUUGGAGAUCUCUAAGCCUAUGCCUAAUAUAGCUUUAGAGAACUUUAAUGGCUUCUUAAGGAGCCAUAGAUUCACAGUAUUCUAAAUAUUUAUGUCUAAGAAGGGGGCUCUUCCCUGUCCACAAGAUGUGGGUUUAUUUGUUGGUCUCCCUGGUUGGUUUGUUUGUUUCUGAUGUAGGGCACGUGAAGCACUCAGACAGUGCCUCCCUGACCAGCUGAAAGACACAACCUUCGCCCAGGUGCUAAAAGAUGACACCACCACGAAACGCUGGCUUGCACAACUGGUGAAGAACCUGCAAGAGGGCCAGGUCACCGAUCCCCGGGGUAUCCCCCUGCCCCCUCAGUGAUCCUUCCCUGUUCCCUCCCACUACUCCCCCAAGUUGGGGAAAGGAGGGGGAACCUACGAGAAAAACAGCUCAGGUUUUAUCACCGACUGGGAAUAGACAACCUCAAUGCUGAACCGCACUGGAGAAAAGGGGCAAGAUACCCCUGCUGAGGUGUAUGGGCUGCCAUCUCAGGCUGUCUUGAGGACCUGGGCUCCGUCUGCUACUCCCAGGAAAUGGGCUCCUGACACAGCAGUCUGCCACCACAGCCCCAGGAGGGUGUCAACACCAGCAAAUGCUGUAUUUGCAGCAUGUCCAAGAUGACCCUUCUCCCCUACCUCUACCUAGCCACUGGCAGGGAGGGGAGACAGAGGUGAUAGCAGCAGCACUCUAGGCAUGGUGAACGCCUGGGACCAAGCCAUGUGGCGUUUUUUAUUUUGCCUUUCUGGAAGACUCAAGAUGUGUCUCUUCAUUCUCUCUCAGUAUUUGUUUACUUUGGUUUUUUUGUUUUUAAUCUCAGAGAGAGGUGUGUUUAGUGGGCACAAGCUGUAAUAUUCAGCAAAACUUUGUCGAUUGGCACUGUUUACAAGUCUGUUAGCUGCAUAAGCUCAAUAAAAAGUUGGUCUGGGCAUUACAUCCCCUCUGGCAGGCCAAUAGCUGCAUCAAGCUGUUGGGAGAAAUGGGAGGGCAGGGGAAAGAUGUAAAGCCAAAGGACAGCAGGAACCCACCACCUGUUUCCCUUCCUUCUCCCAUUCUACUCGCAGUCCGGAAUGCCACGAGGACCUUAACCUUGUUUCUGGCUUUAGCUGCUAGUUUUCCCAAAUCUCAGUGCUUUCCCUUUUUGAACUUCCCUUCUAUUAAACUUAAAACAGACGUCUUAAUUCAUCAGGCUGUCUUGGAAGGGUAUUGUAUUGGGAGACAAGGGGCGGUGGUGGACCUCACCUUCAAUCCAAGUUUUCAAAGAUAUUUUCUCGAUAACUCUAAAAGGGAGGUGCUUGGGAUUAAGGUGACAGUCCACUUGAUCCUUUUCUUUGUUUUAGUGUGAAUUUCAGCAGCUCCAUCUGUCUUCAUGAUUGUACUUGAGCAGUAUUAGCUGUAUGAGUUAAUUUUAUUCAGAUUGAAGAUGGAGGGCUGGGUUCUGCUCAGUCUUUUUUUUUUUUUUUUUUUUUUUUUGACCAUUCUCUUUUAGUCUAUGGGAAUUACAGGGUUGCCGCUAAAAUAUUCACUUGUUCAUAUCAUGUCAAAGAUUUCCUCUUCUCUGGAGCUUAGGUGGCUCUUCACAAUCCAUAGGCUUGAAUCUGCAACCUAGUGUAAACUGCCUUGCUUUCCCCAGUCUUUUCCCCUGCUAGCACCUGCUUUCUCAUCCCCAUCUCCAAUCAAAGAUGGGAUUGCUUAAUCCAACUCUGGAGAGGGACCAAGUCUUUUCUGCCCACAUCUCACACAAUUGAGGUGUCUGAACAAGCUUGGGGAGGGUCUAUAAGGGGCAGCCUCAAAAAAAAAAAAAAAACCCCAUUUGCAGAGGCAGUUUUGCCAACACAAGGGCUCUUUCAAGCCGACUUUCACAAAGAGAGCCGGACUUGUUAGUUGGCUUCUGUCUCUUUAGAGCCAAGAAAAUAGUAAUUAAGUGGCCUAGAUAUAGGAAGGGCAGAAUAAGCACUUACUCCCCCUGCCUUCCAAGAUGAAGAGGAGAAGCAGGCCAACCCUCAAUAAUUGCAAGCCUGAAGAGAAGUGAUCUUAGAGAAAGCAGAGAACAGAAUGGACUGGAUAGACAUCUUGACUCUAUUCAGUCUGUAGUCUGUGAUCUGGAGAGUCCAGUUAAGGUAACCCAGAUUUUUGACAACCGCCUUCCUGCUGAGCCAAAGUUUUCUCAUUACCCCUCCACUGGGGAAGCAGCUGAGGCCCAGGGCCUUGCUCCCUUGGAAAUUCUCUUCUCUCCAUCUUUCGGUGCAUUGGCCAUGUUACUGUGCCAAAGUGUCUUAAUUCUUGUCCCAUCUAUUCUCAGCUGGCCUUGGAACCCACAUAGGAGUUGGUGGGGGAGGGGUGGAAUGGGUAUUAUUCAUUGUAGUUGAUCCUGGUGUGUGUAUUAUAUAAAGAGACCCCUCCCCUUAUUUUGUGUAUUCCAUCCCUCUCCCUUAACAGGAUUGAAAUAAAACAUGCUUCUGUUUUUGUAAAUAUAA